AGUCCUCCUGCAACGCGAAUGGAACUGCAGUGUUUGUUCAUUAAAAAAGAGGCUGGAGAAAAUUACACGCAAAAGGGAAUUCAAUUAACCGUGAUCCCAAAGUAUUCCCUGAUGCAUCCAUUUAAAGGACACAUGGGCACAAAAAGCAGCAUAUUUUGUUUGGGAUCAUCCAGCAAAUUGUCCACACAGUUUAUAAUCCAAGAUCAUAUGGCUGUACAUUACAAAAAUCUACUUUCAACCAAAGCUGCUGUUGACACGUCUAUGCCAAAAACCAUGUCGACAAGUAUUAAGUACAGUGAUCAGCAGAAAAGGGAGAAGCUUAAAAAAGCAGUAAAAAAGUAUCAGAAGCAAAUUCUACGCCUUCAUUCAUCACCUCAAAUGAACACCACGUCUGUCUCACCACCAACAUGCAGAAUACCUUCUGUAAAAGGACUUACUUCAAUGAAGAUAUUUAAAGGCAAUCCAGAAAAAUCUACAAAUAUCUUCCACGGCAACCUAUCAUCAGAACAAAUUAAUGGACAAGAAAUAAAUCUCUCAAAUAUAUUUCCUCUAAAAAUCUCAAAGCCAGUUUCUUCAGUCAAUACCAGACCAAGUGAAACCAUUCAAGAUGUUAUCACUUCAGGUGCAUCGCAUCUUAUAGACUACAGAAUGAGUAGCCAUGGAAGAUCUAUAAUUCCUUGCAACCAAUCAGUCAGGUUCAUUGACAAACACUUGACAAACAGAUCAUUUGAAGAUCCUCAAAAGAAAACAUUCUGCGGAGACAUCCUUGUUAAACAUUCCAAUUGGUUUACGGAAGAAAAUCAGUGUUUUACUCCAAGAAUUUUGAAGAAAGCAUCAAAGUCGUUCCUUUCAAAGUACCGCUAUUAUAAAGCGCCCAAAAAGAGGAAUACAGACAAAGCCCCUGUUCAGCAAUGCAGUCCUACAAGACUGGCUAAGAAAAUGCAAAGAUCACCUUUAGCAAAAUCAAUGUUGGCAUGGGAUAACGAACUGAAAUAUUUACAGUUUCUCAGAGAAGUAACAGAUGAUAUAUUGAUCAGAGGUUAUCAUUCCAACAAGAUCCUGGAAAAUGUUUUCAAAAGACACAUUGAAAGAAACAAAUACCACCUUAAUGAGGAUAAGCUGAACAACAUUCUCCAAAACCUGAGAGAUGAACUGCAAGCAGAUCCAACCAUCAGCUCUUCAGAACAAGGAUUCAAUCCUCUUUGAAGAUGUUUGGAGAAAAAUGUGAAUACAGAAUGAGAACCUGGGCUUAACUAAAAUUGAAUGCAGUGCAAUUCAAGCAACUAUUCCUGCCAUUAAAAAAUAUUAACAUUUGGACAAACACUCAAAUACAUUCAACUAAACACUCAAUUCAAAUAAGCAAACCACUUAAUUUAAUGGCCCAUCCUAAUGCCCCAGCCAUUCGUCUCCUUUCAAAUGUAUGGAGUUGCCGUUUCCGAUUUGCUUCAUUUUAGGAAGAAACGACAAUGUAGAUGCUGGGAAAUACCAACAACUUUGUGCCCUGUCACUGAACCCUGACAUCGGAAUAUAGUUUUGCAGACAUAAAUAGGAAUCCCGAACCUUAUUGUAGAUGCUUAGAAGGAAUUACCAGCAUCUUAAUGCAGAAAGUGUUGCAUUUCCCCACAAAGUACAGGCUAUUGUGUAUGUUUCUACCAAACUCUUACAAGCAUACAAUUGACAAACUACAGUUGGUCAAAUCUCAAGCCAAACCCCAAUAUUUUCUGUGUAUCAGCAAAUGUGGUUGCAAUUAGUAUCACUAUGCAUUCUGCUGCUCAAUAUCUGGAUAGAACAGUGCAACCUAUGCAUGCAAAAACAGAAUCUCCUCAGAAUACAAAACAGACGUGUUCUCUUCAAUUUAUUUGUCCAUCCCAAAGGUCAGAAGGCAAGUAAUACUUUAGUACCCACUGAGUUACUCCAGCAUUUUGUGUAAUAC